AUGAAUACUCUUUGUAGAGGCUGGAACUUCUUCUCCAAUCAUCUGUCGGAUGAAGAUGGUCGCAUCAUCAUAAUCUGGAAAGACCCAGUAAAGAUUCGGGUCAUCGCUCAGUCUCGUCAGCAGAUUACUUGUGAAGUCCUUCUCCCACGAUGUACUCCUCUGAUUUACACAGCUAUCUAUGCCUCAAACUUGAGUGAUGAAAGGACGGAUCUCUGGGUAGAGCUUCUCAACUUGCACAUGAACCUUGGUCUUGAUACUAAACCUUGGAUGAUUGGUGGAGAUUUCAAUCAAAUUCUUCAUCCCUUGGAGCACUCUGACCUUAAUGACAAUGCUAGCACUUCAAACAUCUACCAGUUUAGAGACUGCUUGCUUCAACUCGGCGCUUUUGACUUGCGAUACCAUGGCCCAACUCAUACUUGGAUGAAUAAGAAACUUGUCUCUCCUAUCGCUAAAAAGCUUGAUCGUUGUUUGGUUACUAGUGAUGUUAUCUCCUCAUUCCCACAUAUCUCUGCUACUUUCCUUCCCCCUGAUUUCUCAGACCAUUCCCCUUGCCUAGUUGACCUUGCCUUUGACCUUCCCAAAGCCGGAUCCCAGCCCUUUAAAUUCCUAAACUAUCUUACAAAACACCCGAGUUUCUCUGAGGUUGUUCGUGAAGCUUGGUUUGAGGCCGGAAGCAUGUCUGCCAACCUGACUUCUCUGUGUUGGAAACUAAAAAACAUAAAGAGAAGUUUAAAAACACUUAACCGAGAGAACUUUUCCAAAAUUCAGGAGAGAGUGAAAGAGACUUACUGUUUACUUCAACUUGUGCAGGUUCGCGCUUUGGAAGAUCCAACUACUGAAACAUUUGCGGAGGAACAGGCUCUCAAUCUCAAAUGGCAGUUCCUGCGUCAGAUUGAAGAAUGUUUCUUUUUGCAAAAAUCAAGAAUAAACUGGCUCAAGGAGGGUGAUCUUAAUACUACCUUCUUGCAUCGUGUUUGGUUAACACGAGCGAGCUUCAAUGCAAUAAGAUCUUUCCUGCUCAUCUUUGAUGCUCUCCUCACUGAUCCUUUGGAAAUAAGUGACCAUGCUGUAGCCCACUUUAAAGCUGUUCUUGGCCCUGAUGGUCCUUUGCCUCUGCUACUGUAUACACCUUCUGAUUGGUUUCAGAGUCUUACUCAGUUCCGAUGCAGCCUACAACAGCAACAAAGGAUGCUAUUAAUGCCAACAACUGAAGAAAUAACAAAGUUGAUGUUCUCGUUAAACCCUAAUAAAGCGCCAGGGCCCGACGGUCUAACCUCAGCUUUUUUCAAAGGAGCUUGGAGUUUUCCUGAUGCCUCCAUGAUAGCAGAAUACAUACCUAUUGCGUGCCUUAAUACUAUCUACAAGGUCAUCUCUAGGCUACUUGUUCAUCGGUUAAAGCCGAUCCUGUCAGGCCUAAUCCUACCUAACCAGACAGCUUUUGUGGAGGGACGACUAUUGCUUGAAAAUACUGUUCUAGCAAGUGAGUUGGUCAAUGGAUACCAUAAGAACAAAGGGGCAAGAAGAAUUACCAUUAAGGUGGACAUUGAAAAGGCGUUCGACACCCUUUCCUGGGAUUUUCUGUUUGCGGCAUUGCGUAGCUUCAAUCUCCCUCCUCCGCUCCUCAAUCUCCUUAGAGCUUGUGUCUGUACGACAAACUUUACUGUGGGAUAUAACGGAGUGGUGAAUGGUUAUUUUAAGGGAAAGAGAGGGUUGCGCCAAGGUGAUCCGUUGUCUCCCUACCUUUUUGUUAUUGCUAUGAAUUGUUUGUCUCUGAUGUUAGACCAGGAAGCUAGAACGGGCCGACUCUCCUAUCACCAUAACUGCCGCAAGACUAAGCUUACACAUCUCUGCUUCGCGGAUGAUCUUCUUGUCUUCAUCAACGGCUCCCUUGAUUCAGUCCAAAGAGUGUUACAGAUCUUGCAUGAGUUUGAAAAGCGAUCAGGUCUGGCUGUGAGCCUGCAAAAGUCAAGUUUUUUCUCCUCAGGCAUUUCACCGGAGGAGAUCUCAACCAUUCAAGCUACAACAGGAAUGCCUCACCAUACCUUGCCGAUGAAGUACCUGGGGGUCCCUAUGGUCACCAAGAAGUUAACUCUCCUAAAUUGUGAGCCACUUUUGCAACAGAUUAAGGCACGGUUCUCCUCCUGGUCGGCUAAAGCUCUCUCAUUUGCGGGAAGAUUACUUCUCAUCAAAACCGUAAUAGCAGGAAUCACCACCUUCUGGUGCUCUUCUUUUAUUCUUCCUAAGGCAUGUGUCAAUAGAAUUAAUUCCCUCUGUGGUUUAUUUCUUUGGAAUGGUACAAGUGAAGGUCACCAAUCUGCACGAGUUUCACGGGAUAAAGUAACACUUACAAAGGAGCAAGGUGGUUUAGGUAUCAAAGAUCUUCAUGCUUGGAACAAAUCUUGUAUUUUGAAGCUGGUCUGGAUGCUCUUCUUUCGACCGGAUUCGGUUUGGGUCUGCUGGUACAAGGAGGUCAUACUAAAAGGAUUGCUGAGCAACUACUGGACUGUAAAGCCGAAUAACUCGCACUCUUGGUUGGCGAAUAAGCUCAUCAAAGCUCGAGGCCUCAUCUAUACACUGAUAAAGCGUUGCAUUGGUAAUGGGCUCUCAACAAGCUUCUGGUUUGAUAACUGGUCGCCUUUUGGUAAUCUUAAUGAACUUCUGAUGGCUUCAACUUCACGGCUAGGUAUUCCCAAAGCCGCAACCCUUGGCUCACUUGCUGACUGGUACGAAUGGGAAAUAGAAGGAAAGAAGAGUAACAAGUUUAGUACUGGAGCAGUCUAUGCUUACCUACAAGACUCGGUUCCCUCAGUCCCCUGGUCAGCUGCUGUCUGGAACUCUAUGGGUAUUCCCCGUCAUAGUUUCCUGAUGUGGCUGGUGGUGCUUGACCGUUGUCCUACAAAGGACAGGCUACUCCAUUGGGGACUCCCUGGCGUGAACCCAAAUUGUCUACUAUGUAAUUCCCAGCAGGAAAGUCGCAACCAUCUGUUUUUUGAGUGCUGUUUCAGUGAAGCUGUGUGGAGGACGAUCGCUCUCUGA